AUGAUGAAGAAAUUGAAAAGCAAAUUGAAAAAGCAGAUGAAUAUAGAAGAACAAAUUUUUUGUCUACUGGAAAUAGUCAAUCAAUUCAUCCACAAGCUUGUUAUACUUCUCAAUCACUCAAUCAAUUUACAAAAGAUCUUUCAAAAGAUGAUACUGAUUGUUUAGGUAGGUUAUCGAACAAAAAUGAAAAUAAAUAAAUUAGAAUAUGCAUCUGCAUCAAAUAUAAAAUAUAAUUUAUAAAAUUUCAUCUAAAAAAAAAGUGAUGAAUAUAAAAUAUAAAAGGGUUAACACAAUUGUGAAAACUCAUGUUCUAACUAUAAUUUGAUACUAAACUCCUUAUAUUAGAUAAGAAGCAACAAACUUAAGCCUAGUAUUAACUAUUAACAAUUUUAUAAUUAGGAUAUUAUUUUUCUUU